UUCGUUGUAAGGAACGGAUACGAACGGAUUUGAAAUAAAAUUCAGUGUUGGUAGAAUCUGUGAGCAAUGACUGGUCUCAGUGUUGAAAAGUUCCCAGAGCAAUACGAUGAGUACACUUUUACUCUGGGCGAACGCUAUCUGAAGAUGGCCCAGGAGGAUCUUAACGAGACGGAUAGUGUUCGGGAACAAUCACUCACGCAGAUGCGUGAGUGGAUCGCAAAGCAUCCUUUCAUAAAAAAGUGUCGCACCGAUUCGGUUUUUGUUCUGCGAUUCCUCCGAUUGCGGAAGUUUUCUGUCCCAAGAGCUCAGGAAACAUUGGAACGUUAUCUGGCCAUGAGACAAUCCUUUCCGCAGUGGUUCCAAAAAUUGGACCCGGAAGAUGUCGAGAUGAAAGAGUUGCUGGGAAAUAACCAGUAUCAGAUUCUGGGAAAGGAUUCCGAGGGCAGAACGGUUAUUCUGAUUGAGUUGAAACGAUUCAACGAGGAACGGUUCACAUCGGAUCACCAGGCGCGUAAUGCCAUGCUGCUGUUGGAGUUGUUGUUCGAUGAUGAGGAAACCCAGAUAGGCGGAUAUGUAGUUGUUUUGGAUUAUAUGGACCUGACGAUGCGUCAGUUGGCGAUUUGGUCGUUGACGGAUGUUAAAAAUUUUAUGAAUUGUGUCAAUCAUUCACUUCCGUUCAGGUUGCGGGAAGUCCACGCUGUACGGCUCCCUAAAUUUGCACUUGCGAUUGCCGAGCUGGCGGUGUCCUGUUUAAGUCAGAAGCUGAAGGAUCGCAUUUUUUGCCACAAAUCAAUGGGGGAUGUGCGGAAGCAUUUGGAUGAUUCCCUACUUACCCUCGAUUACGAAGGAGGCAAACAGGACCCGGAGCAACUGAAAAACGAUUUUAUCAGAAGAGCAGUGGAAAAACGCCAGGAGUUAUUGCUACUCGACGAAAUGGAAAUCGAUGCAAGCCGCUACAAAUCACUGUGGCAUCAAACAACCGAUGAGAGUAUCGAGUCUGGUGUGGCCGGUAGCUUCCGGAAGCUUACCGUAGAUUGAUUGAAUCAACUUAGUUGUUAUGAUUGCGUGUGGUAAUGGAUAAUUGGUUUAUAAAAUAACGCAGCUUUUUUUUUUGUUAUCUGUCUUUCCCAGUGGCAGAGAGAUUAAGCUAUUUCGUGUACCUUCAAACAAAAGCGAAUAAAAAAAAGUGUUACCUCAGACGAGAAAUGAAAGAAAUCCAUUGAAGUCUGAACAAUCGGAAGCAUGAUCAGUGCCAGUAGGUCAUCUCAAGCGGUUCUCCGUCACCUCACUUCGUCAGUGUAGUUUAGGGUUACGCGUACAGGUUCCCAGUAAUCAUAAAAUCACAGGAGACCCAAGGUCGAGAGUAAAAUCAUCAUCUCAGCCGCCCCGCCAUCAACCGGGUGCAAUGAAACAGAGACGACACUGUUUUACUAUCUAAAAUAUACGCACAGAUUUAU